CUGAGCGGUUGUGUUGCUCUUAGAGGUUGUGUUGCUCUUAGAGGUUGUGUUGCCUCUUAGAGGUUGUGUUGCUCUUAGCGGCUUUGUUGCCUCUUUGCGGUUGAGUUGUCUUUUUGGCUGGUGGACAGUUAACGGUUUCUGUUUUUCUUUGCCAAGAUGAUACAUUUCAAACCAUGAGUCUGAUUUUAUUCUGUUUUUUUUUACUCAACAACAAUUUUGGAUCCAAACCAACAAUGUGUUGUGACUCUGUCUCUCUUACUACUUUAUAAAACAGCUCACUAAUGUAUUAUUAUUUUCAAACGGUUGUACAGAAGUGUAUCACUGCCACACAGUCAAUUAUCAUGUUGUAAUGUGAAAAGUUUAUUGUAAUAACAACAUGUUUUUCCACGACAUUAUGUGAUAUUAUCACGUUAUUAGGACAUUAAAACUCAUCAGGUUUGCUACACAGUAUGGAAAAGUCUGGAAUUUAAUUUUAGUAAUUUCAAGGUCUGGAUAAGUCUGGAAAAAAAAGUUAUUGAGAAUAUGUAAAAAUAUUAGUUUUGCCAGACUGAAGUCGAAAAAGACGUAAAUCCAAAGAUCUAAUUAACUAACGAUUCGUCUCGAUCUCUCUAGUGUCUGAUUUUCCCACAGUCAGUGAUAAACGUCGCCUUAGCGACACAUUCUCUGUACCUGCCAGUGGAAGAAAAAGUUGUUCAUAUCAACUUUGCACCUGGUGACAGCUGGUUAAGUUGUUGUAUUGAUGAUGAAAUACACAUUUACCCAAAAAUUAUUGAGCUUAAAUAUCAACUUUUAAAAAGAGUAUUAAAAUAUGAGUAUUAUCAGUCCUAAAACAGGUGACGUCAGAGUUGGAAGUAUCAAUAUUUCAAUAUCAAUCACAAUCAACCUUGUGGAGAAACCGUGACUGAAUGUAAUAUGUUAACAGUUGGAAUAAAAAAAUAUUUAUUGAAAUAAUAAUAUUUACUAUGUAAUAAUAUUAUAUAAAAUAACCUAUAAUGUUCAUGUAUUUAAUAAUAUUUACUUAAUGAUAAACAUCUAGCUAUUUGUACUCGGACAUCAAAUGUGGUCUGAAAUAUGUACAGAGAUGGAAAAAGUCUGGGAUUAUGAAAUGGAAACUGAAGGAACCCUGAAUCAUGUGAUCACACAAACUUUAUUUCGCUUUGUAUCAGUAUUAAUCCCCGUCUACGCUGACACACCUGACACAGGACGACUUAUAUCACACGACCGUUCAGAUAAACUGGUCAGGUGCUUGUUGUUGGUCAGGAAGUAGAUUGUCUCCUCCGCAGUCGGUUUCUUAUUAACAGAAAAUCCUCCGGAGGAAGAGGAACAGCGAUGGUGAAAUGUCAGGAGGAAAAAAGGAGGAAAUGUUACUGACAGGAAGUGUUAGCGACAUUGAGUCGUGACUGAUGAGAACCAAUCAGAGAAGAGAAUGUCAUUCUCUACAAACUAAAACACGACCUGAGUUUUCACUCUGACACGUGGACCAGCAGUUUCCCCACGUCUCUGAUUCAGAGGCUGGGAAACUCCGCCAGGCAUAACCAUAGCAACACCGAUGAGUUUUUAAACGAAACACAUAGUGAUGUGGGCGGAGCCUGGGUGAUCAGAAUCUCAGAUGAGUCCUCAACUUGUUCAUACCUGAACUCAGAGCUGAACCCUGUCGAUCACAUCACCUGAGCGCCAGGGUCAUACCGAUGUUAAGAUCGUGGGCUCCUCCAGUCAUGUGUCUGGGACCUGUUCAUGGCCUGUAAGAAGAAGAAGAAAGGCAUGGUGCUCCAUCAUCCAGGGGCGCCUACCUCUGCAGCAGCACCUGCAACCAACCAUCCACCUGCAUGCUCUGUUUUUCCUUAUCCGGGGAAGACGAGUGAAGGCGGGAUGGAACGGAGCACCUGUGUGACCGAUGAGGAGGCAGACAUGAUGGGUAAAGCCAACAUGUACCCGUCAAAGGAAACUGUCGGGACCUCUGGUCUUCCCACCAGUUCAAAUCCUCAUCCAGACAACCUGCCGCCUGAGAGCAUCUGCAGAGGCAUCAGAGUGACGCUGGACAACAACAGCAUGUGGAACGAGUUCUUCAGAUGCAAGACUGAGAUGAUUCUGACCAAACAAGGCAGCAGGAUGUUCCCCUACUGCCGCUUUCGCAUCUCCGGUUUGCAGCCCUGUAGGAAGUACUCUCUGAUAAUGGACGUUCAACCUUUCGACAACAGUCGUUACAGGUGGACUGGUAAGAGCUGGCAGGUUGCUGGGAAAGCAGAGUGUCAUGUAAAGAGUCAACCGUUCAUUCAUCCUGAGUCCCCGUCGAUGGGUCAACACUGGAUGAAGAAUCCAGUGUCCUUUUACAAACUGAAGCUCACGAACCACAUCUCUGGGCAAGAGGGGGAUACCAUCCUCCAACCAAUGCACCGCUACUUGCCACGACUGCACGUAGUCCAGACUGACAGAGCUGCUAAAGACUUAAAGCUGAGUUGUCCCAGUGUUGUCACUUUUACUUUCCCCCAGACAGAGUUCAUGGCAGUCACUGCUUACCAGAACUCGCGGUUUGCUCAGCUCAAAGUCGACUACAACCCUUUUGCCAAAGGACUGAAGGAGGAUGCGUCCAGUUCACGGGGCCUGAAGAUGAAGUUGAACUCUUGCAAAGACAAAGAUGGAGCCAUGACAACCAACGAGCACCAUCCUGUGAAAAAGAGCUUGAAGUCUUUGCUUGCGAACCAUAAACCUAGAAGCACAAAAACAGUGGAUUCAAAACCUUCGGCUUCAGGUCACUUCCCGAAAAAAUCAGCCACAGAGAACGAUCAGUCAACGGUUCCCGGGGAGAGUUUGUGCAGCAGUUCACAACCAGCUCAGAAGUUAUUUUCUGAGCUUAUUCGGGAGGCUCACGUUUCACUGCAGCGAUGUAACCUGGAGCAGCUCAGGAUCAACAACAGCAACUCUCACAGAACUGAGCAAACAAACCCGAACACCACACCGUCGGAAUCCAACCGAGAAGAUGUUCCAGAGAAAAACUGUGAAUCCAUCAAAACACACAGUGACACGUUAUCAGUAAAGAACCGUGAACCCGUGUUCACAAAGAGGAAAACUAAGGCGGACAGGCACCUUUUGAGUUUACAGACCUGCAAGGACGAUGCUAGGAGAGAUUAUUCUGAGGUCAAUAAUGUUGUUACUGCUCCAGUGGUAUCUCAGAAUUCCUCUGUGGACUCAAACCAGCAACCCAAACCUGAAGCAGAGAUGAAUGUAAAGCAGCAUAAACGACCGGCACCUCUACCUCUGCCGGCCCUCGCUCUUUUUUUGAAGCAGCGUUUGACAAAAUCUAAAAAGACCAAGAGUAAGCCAGAUUCUCUUCCGCCAGCAGCCCCAUCAGAAGCUCUGUCGGGGUCACAGAGCUCUGCUACAACUUCUACAUGUCAAGCUUCUGAUCAUGCCAGCAAUGCAACUGGUCCCUCGAAGGACCUCACUGAAAAAACAUCUAACAACCAGGCCUCCGGGGACACAGUCCUGGUUAUUCAUUCAUCUGGACCAGUAGUUGAAACGGCUCUUCAGCCCUCCAGCCCAUCAUGUCCAAAUAUUGUUGACACUUCAGAACUUACCAAGGUACCAAAGACUGAUGAUUACUCAGUUUGUGAAAGCCCAGGCUCUGUACCAGAUGGCACUCCAGUGUUACCCAGCUCGGAUCAGCUGUUUGGUACCCUUGGUACAUUUACAUCCACCUUUUCCUCAACUCUUACUACCUCUUCUACAUCUCCUGUUUUGUCACCACCUCAUGACACAGUGUUUAGUACCCUGAACUCACCACAAACGCCUCCCUUGCUACCCUCACACUCCCCCACCAUGAAGUCUGAUUCGUUGCUCCUUGACCCAGAAUGUUCUUACUUUGGCUUUGAGCCUUUGUCACCUGCAAGCUCUCCCGAACCUUUACCUCCCCUUCCUGCCUUGUUAGCUUUAGAACUGGACUCCACCACUUCUGAACCAACUCAGAAAGCAGUACCUCCUGGAGAGUUAUCGCAAAGUGUAGGCUCUACUGCAAUGGUGUUCAAAUGGCAUACAGUGUUACCUCCCCCUGUGUCGUACAUCGACACUUCAUUCACAGUAUUUCAGCCCACAUCACAGACGCUUCCUUUAGUGUCUAUCACAUCACCUUUGUUGCCUUCCCCGACUGAACCACAAACUGAUCUUGCUUCAUCAUUUCAAGAGAACGAACAGUCGCUGCCCUUCCCAGUAGAGCUGUCCCCCCUUGCACUUCAUUUGCCGCUGUCUCCAACCUUUUCUUCAUUAGAUGGAGGCGGACUAUCACCUACACCUUCAAUCGCAGACCUUGUGCACUUUUUUUCAACAGAUGAUGACCUUGGGAUGGGGGUGGAGUUUACAAAUUCUGAGGCAGUGGCAGUUACCUGCCCACCUCUUACUAUAGUAGAGGCCAAUGUACAUGAGCCUUCUCAGCAAGUGGAACCAAGCCCAGCCAAGAAACCCUCCAAGAGCAAGAAGAAGCCCAGGCGGCGAAAGCUUGCCAACAUGGAUAUGGAUCAUAAGAUGGAUGACUCCACCUACACUAGCAUGCAGCCAAACCUGGAGGAAGUGGAGGAGCAGUUAUUUAUCUCGUUCACGUCAAAGGAGGCCCUCAAACUUCACACUGUAGACCAACCUGAAGACACAGUGACGCAUCCUCAGACAACACCUGAAGGUCACCUGCUUCCGUCUGCUGACACACCUGAGCACGCAGAGGGCGUGGAGAGGAUCUCUGCCUGUGAGGAGAUUCUCCUGAGGGACCUGAAGCUGAUGAAACACAAACAGGUCAUUCACCCUGUGCUGCAGGAAGUGGGUCUGAAGAUGAACCUGCUGGAUCCGACUCUGGUCAUAGACCUGCAGUACCUGGGAGUGCGUCUGCCCAUCCCCCCUCCUGGAGUUCGUCUGGAGCCGGUGGCCCAGGAGCCUCCUCCGUCUCAGGGUGUUUCUGCAGCGUUUGUGUCCAGAACAGGAAAAACCACAGAUGUCACUCAGAUUAAAGGUUGGAGAGAAAAGUUCACCCCGUCUGAGGAUCUGUCCGAUUCUUCAUCAGCCAAACCUGAAGCUGGUCCCAGUUCAGAUCCGCCUAAGAAGAACCUGUCGGCGUUCUGCAGCGACAUGUUGGACGAGUAUCUGGAGAACGAAGGGAAGCUGAUCGACGAGCGAGCCGCCAGCUUCUCUCAGCCUCUGGUGGAGCCAGUGGUGUAUGAGCUCCCCGCCAGGAGCACCAGCUACGUCCGGACCCUGGACAGCGUCCUGAAGAAAAACACCGUCGGCUCCCCCACGACAAACCUCAUAUCUGGUUUCAUCCCCCCCUCCAAGAGACCCAAACCCUCCCUCAAAGAAACUAAGACUUCCAGAAAAACAGAGAGGAAACAGAAAGGUCCGAAAAAGACCAAGCUAGGACCAGAACCUGCAGCUGCUCCAGUUUCAACGCCUGAACCAAGUCCAGCGGAACCAAACCCGGUUCCUAAGCCGCCUGCGGGCUCGACCCCAGCAGCACCGCCCCCAUCAGAACACACGGCACCUGAACCUCAGAAGUCCAAGAAAAAACAGCUGAAAGUUCCGUCCGAUCACACAGAACCACUAAGUCUGUCCCCUCAGACCCGCACAUUCAAGAGGAGGAGGAAACUCAAACCCAAGUCAUCUUGUCAGACUCUCAGCCCCCCCAGGUCCACAGACGACCUGGCUCCUCUGGAGUCGGACUCUGAGCUGGGGACCGGAGCUGAUCAGGCUAAUGAAACCCACCAGGACGGGAGACACAUGAUGACCCGAGCUCUGCUGAGACAGAAGGACCUGGAGGACGGAGUGGUGUGGGAGGGCCGACCCAGGACCAGCAUCACCAAAGAGCGGGCCGCCAUCGCCCUGACGUCGCUCUUCACACUCAUGGGAUUCGUCAGUGAAAACCCCACCGCUCCCAUCCAGCUGGUCCGGAGACGAGCCCCCCCCUGCCUCAACGACUUCUGUCGACUGGGUUGCGUCUGCUCCAGUCUGUCCCACGGCUCUAGGACCAGCCACUGCGGACGGCCUCACUGCAUGUUGGGCUGCAGCUGCCUCAAACAGAAGGUGGUCCUCCUCAAGAACCUAGAUGGACCCGACUCCAGCCCCUCCCACCACGGGAACACCAAGAGGAGGAGGAGGAAGAGGAGGAUGAAAAUGGCUUACGUUCUGAAGGAGGCGGACAGCGUUUCCCAGCCUGCUGAGCGGGUUCGGAUUCUGUGGAAGAGGGAAGGUAGAGACUCUGAUCCAGACCCGACCCACAUCCCUGAUGAAGCCUCGCUGCUCCGCUCCACCGUCGGAGCUCUGCAGGACAGAAGAGACGGGAACAGCAGCUGUGCCAGGGUCAGAGGUUACAGAGGAAAGAGGCGGAGCCACGAACCACAGGACGCGACUCAGACCGUGAAGCCGAAGAAGAAGAGGAAGAAGAAGAAGGUGAAGUCUGUGAGGCUGAAGGAAGCAAAGACCAGACGCCCCAGUCCACCUGCAGCAGAUGAAGCAGCUGAGCCAGUUCCCUCGGCCCGGCCCUCGAGUCCUCCCUCGGAGUCGACUCCGAAGCCGUCGAAGCGUCUGGUCAUCGUGGCGGAGUGUAAGUGGGCGAGUGACGCAGACAAAAACCACGUGUUGAGGAUUCUGUGCGAGGCGAUGGCUCUGGACAAACUGUACAAGCCUUUCUGGAUCAGGAAGUAUCUCAUCAGUCCCGUCAGUUCGACGAUGGAGGAGAGCGGUGGCGACCGCUGCAUCCAGUACAAAGUCCGCAUCACCAGACCCCAAGUGCAGAGGGAGCAACCGGCAGCGCAACCAAAACUCCAGAGGAUGGAAAAACCACAAGAACAGAAACAGGAACACCUGAGACAGGUGAGCGGGGAGGAGGAGCCUCCGGAGUCCUGGCAGGGGGAGGUGAUGGAGGAGGAGGAGGAGCCUCCGGAGUCCUGGCAGCAGGAAGUGAUGGAGGAGGAGCAGCCUCCAGAGUCCUGGCAGCAGGAGGUGAUGGAGGAGGAGCCUCCGGAGGACUGGCAGGCGGAAGUGAUGGAGGAGGAGGAGGACCCUCCGGAGUCCUGGCAGCAGGAGGUGGAGGGAGGUGACAUCCAGGAGGAGGAAAGCCCAACACCUCAUCAGGUGGAUGCUGGGAGCGAGAGGAGCGAAGGGAAAACCAAAAUAAAAGCAGAGAAGAAGAAUAAGACGGUCGGCAUGGCUCUGCCUUUCCUGACGGGAAUCUCGCCCGCUGGCUUCCUGUCGGCCAGGAGGAAACAGCCGGGAGGGACGGACCACCUGGUCCAGGUCAACGGGAAACUCUAUCCUCUGGCUAAGAUCCAGUUGGGGAUGAUGGGGGCGCUCCAUCCGGCAAACCGCCUGGCAGCCUAUCUGACUGGCCGGGUGGGGUCUAACAAGAAGCAACUAGGUUCCUCUUCAUCGUGCUCACAUGCUGCUAAACCUCCUCAGACACAGAGAUCAGGCCCGACCCCCCAGACCAUCGUCUUGGCUCCUCCCUCUAACCUCCCUGCCGCCGCCCCCGCCCUGCUGACAGCACUCAGCCUCCCCACUGCCUCCACAGGGCUCCACCCCUCAGUCGUCACGACCGACCAAUCUGCUGCUGCAGUUCGAGCAGCUGAGGAGCACCUGGGCACGAGGAGCCAGGUCGUCGCCGUGAGGGUUUACCCGAGUCCAGCAGCAGGGGGCAGUCAGGUCCAAGUGGCUCCGGCAGCUCCUGGUUCUGUGGUUCGACUCGUGAGUCCACGUCACAGCUCGACGGCGCUCCCGGUUCUCCGUAUGAAGGUUCCCCGCCCCCCGGCCCCUCCCCCCUCCAGCGGUCAGAGGAUGUUCCUGCAGCCGGUCCGCACAGCGUCAGGUGUUCAGUACUAUCGCAUCCCGAGUGGUAAACUGGUCCAACUGCUCCCCAUCAGCAAGCUGAGGGCGGUCAAUUCCACCCGGCCAGUGUUCAGAGUCCUCCCCCCUCCAGCCACCCCCCCCUCAGCCGCCCCCCCUCCCUCGCCUCAGACUCCAGCCAUCACUGUUGUAAAUCAAACGCCACCUCAGGUUCCAGGAACCAGCUCCUCCCCCCUCUCUGUGCCCCCUCUCCCCCUCCCCGACUCUGGCACCUUUAAAGUUCUAAGAAAGGAACCAAUCGCCGUCACCUGUCCUAAGCCCCCCCCCCUGCCCCCCGCCCCCCCAGUGAACCUCAUCUCCCUCAAACCCUCCGCCUGUCAGGGGGUGGAACUUGGCAUCAAAACGUUGACAUUGUCAGCGGACCCUGUGACUCCUGGUGGGGUGUCAGCCCCCAAGAAACCUUCCUCCACCUCCUGGACGCCCCCACCUCCUCCUCCAGUUCCGGCCUCUGACCCGGCGGACCUGGACGUCGUCUGCGUGGAUGUAGAGAAGGAGCUUGCUAACAAGGAGACGCAGUCGACGGAGGUGGUGGACCUGGCAGGGUCGUCGAGCAGUGACACGGAAAACUCGUCAGACUUCGGAGACGAGUCGUUCAGCGAAGAAGAGAAGGUCAAGGGGGAGGAGCAAACCAAGAGCCAGCGUGACCUUCACAGCUUGAUGGAGAGGAAGCGUCGGGUGAAGAUGCUGCAGCUGUUUAAAGGUCUGAGGAGGGAGGUCGGACUGAGAGAAGACAAGACUCCAAAGAUCGCCACACUAAGGAAGGCCGUGGAGGUGAUCCAGGAGUUGAGGUCGACUGCAACAGUUCUGAAGGAGAAGAAGAGGAGGCUGAUGAAGAGAAGGGACCACUACCUGUCGACCAUCGCUCCACCAGGUGUGAACACAUGGUCACAUGAUCCUCUGGACAGCGACAGCAGACAGGUGAUCAGCAUCGUGUCCGUCAGGGAGCAGAGGCGGAGGGCGGAGCCAAAGAGGGCGAGUGACACGUCUGACGAGGAAGAAGCAUUUCAUUCCCUCAGACUCUCACACGCUCGUCAGGCUGAGAUGAGGAGACUUGUGAAUCAACAGAGAGACAUCUUCAUCACUGAGGUUUACCACAGACCAGCUGAGCAACCAGGUGAGACGAAGCAGAAGCACCUGUCGUCCAAUCAGAGGGAGAUGGGGAGGCAGGAGAGACUCCCAGCUGCCAAUCAGCUCCCAGCACCAGCAGGGGGUGGGGCUUCUGAUCCCGGUCUUCCAACAGGAGAUGCGACUGAUGAUGACAUCAUAAUCAUAUCGUCCAACUUGCAGCAGCAGAUUCCACAAGCUCCUCCCACCAAUGCCCUGCCCACUACCACACCUGUCCACACACCUGUCCACACACCUGUCCAGCAGUCUCAGCUGGCCCUGCAGGUUCCUCCUGCUGAGUCCCAUAAUGCACCUGUGGUCAGAGACCGGCCCAAGACGAUCCCGAACAUCUUGUCUCGCCGUAAAAAUCCAGUUCCACCAUCAUCUCUGGUCCUCAAGACUGUGGCAGGUGAAUCUCCGUCCUUCCGGGCUCUGGUACCAGCGGACCUUCUGGCUCUGGUUGGUGCAGCAUUGCCGGGGCAACAUGUUUUGACCCUGAGUCCGUUGGUUCCACCAGGUGUGUCCUCAGUCAGUCUGACCAAUCAGCAGAUCCAUGUCACCUCAAUGCCCUGCCCCCCAACUGCGGGAAACCUGCUGCAGCUGCUCCCACCCUCCCCUCAUCCCCCCUCAGAUCAGGCCCCGCCCCAGACUCACCCCAGCGCCGAGUUCCCGUGCUCAUCGUCUCCGGGGCCAGGAAUGAGUGCUGAGAGGGGGAAGGAGGUCCGAGCCAGAGGUGGCGGAGCCACACAGAGUCUGAUGUCCCUCCUCGAUGAGAUUGUCAUCCUCAACCAGCAGACGACGGCGACGCCCUCCCUUGAGAUAGACCACGCAGUGGGUGGAGCUGAGAAGCGGGGCCACGCCCAUGGCCGGGAGCUGGGCCUUGACAACACCGUUACUGUGGAGACAGAGGAGGCGGGCCUUCAGGGACAAAUGGAGAUAACGCAGACCGACCCUCAGUCAGGACCGGCCAACGGGAACACUAAAAGUGGGGCACCGGCUCCGCCCCCUCUGCUUCAGAUGAAGGUGGGUGGGGCCACAGUGGCGGAGCCCGCCAGCGGUGACAGGGUCUCAGCGGGGGACGGAGGAGGGAGAGAGGGCGGAGCCGUGGCGUGGAGACCAAUGCCUAGACUCGUUCCCCUGGGGCUACGAGGAAACACACCCAGCUGACUGAUGAUGUCAUUGCUCGGAGAAGCUCUCUGAAUGGCUCCUGCUGUUUUCGUCGUUUCAGUGUCACAUGACCAAUAUGACUCCUCUGACAGCCUAUCAGAAAGGCCAUCUGUUUCCAUGACAACCCUUCAAACAUUUCAGUGUGUGAGAUAGGCUGUCAUCUGAGGAGGCGGAGUUUCAACGUGACCCAGGUCCUGAACCCUGCUGAUGACAUCACACGACUCAGGUGUGAACAAGGUCGACUGGAAACGUCUGAUGUCAGGUGAAGUGAUGGAACCAGAACUUGGUCCAGGUCCAGGACCAGGACCACAUGACCCGACCUCUCCCUUGACUUUUCUCUGACACGUUAUUGACAAACGACUCAUCCAGAAUCUUCUGACUGCAAACAUGAAAACAUUUGUAAAAAAACAAUUUGGCUUUGAGCUGAUUUUUCAAAGUAAAAGAUCCGAACUAAAACACAUGAUGCUAAAAUGUAAACAUUUUAUUUUGAAAUGUCAUGUUUGUUUUUAUUUGACAUAUUUUUAUUUUUGAAAAACUUUAUUCAGGUCAAAAUCUGUUCAAAUUAAGAAGGACAACAAGAUUCUGUUUUCAGUUUUAUUGGUCGUCCAUGUUGUCGUUUAUGGACAAACUUUUUUAUUCCGACAUUUUAACAAAGUGGAAAUAUUCAGUUUGUAUAAAGAACCUGAAGUUCAGCCGGUUACUUCCGUUUCAAGAAUAAAAACAUUUUGAGUCUGAACAGGAAGAAGGCUCACCUGGACUCACCUGGACUCCCCCGAUGAGACUGUCACAGACCCGCUGCUCCUCUUUGUCGUCUGAAACGAUGUUUGUACAGUUUGUUUUUCUGACAUUUGUAUUUUUCUACGUGAGAAGAAACGUUCUGAUCUUCAUCGCAACACUAAUGUAAAUAAAGUUUGAAUCUGGACCCGUGACUUAGUUUUUCUAGAUCAAAACAAUUUCACUUGGAAGAUUUUAUUACAAACUGCACCUGAACACAUCGUUUGAAAAUAAAUAUAUACUGGUUCAUAUGUCCAUCACUGAUCCUGGUCCAGUUCACUUCAGUUCACUUCACAUGAAUCAUCAUAAUUAAUAAACAUAUUUCUGGUU